AUGGCUACUGACUGCAAGGACAAUGUGCCUUCGCCAGCACAGGGCGUCGGCCCCUUCUACAGGCCUGAAGGCGAGAAGCCCACGGCAACUGUCUCCAAGGCAGUAUCUUUCGACAACGUUCACGUUUUGCCACAGACGCCGCAACUGAUCGCUCUUCUAACGUAUGGCUCGCCUAUGAUUCGCGACCAAAACACCCCCCGCGCUGAUUUCAUCUUUUACUCGAACCGCAUCAUUCGCCUCCUCGUGGAAGAGGGUCUUAAUCAUCUUCCUGUCGUGGAAAACUCGGUGACCACCCCAGUCGGACGGUCGUAUCUCGGCGUCAAAUUCCAAGGGAAAAUAUGCGGCGUCUCUAUCAUGCGAGCGGGGGAGGCUAUGGAGCAAGGUCUACGCGAUUGUUGUCGGUCUGUACGCAUCGGCAAGAUCCUCAUUCAACGAGACGAGGAGACCUGCCAGCCGAAACUUUUCUACGAUAAGCUCCCUGCAGAUAUCUCGCAGAGAUGGGUCCUCCUGUUAGACCCUAUGUUUGCCACAGGCGGCUCGGCCACCAUGGCUGUCGAGGUUCUCAUAUCAAGAGGGGUUCCGGAAGAGCGUAUCUUAUUUCUCAAUUUGAUUGCUAGCCCGCAAGGUGUAGCAGACUUUGCCGAGCGGUUCCCGAAACUGAGGGUGGUGACAGCAUUCAUUGACCAAGGAUUGGACGAAAAGAAGUACAUCAUUCCCGGACUGGGUGACUUUGGUGACAGAUAUUAUACCCUGUAG